UCAGCCUUUCUCAGAAACCAGGGGAUGUCAGAGAGGGAGUACCAAGUACUGCAGCUCUCUGACAUACACAACAAUUAUGUGGCUCCAGUGAGUUAACCAGGUCGAAUGAAAGUUUUACUCCAAGCGGGACCACUGAAUCGUGUUUGGAUCGUAUUUUUUGAAAAUGUUUUGUUAUGAAUUUCGCUGGCUGUCUGGUUAGCUUCCGGGUUAGCGUAAAAUUUGGACCGUGGUCUAAUCGGCAUUGUUUGACUCGCAGCUCUGAUUAAAUCUACCACAAAGUAAAGUCGUCUGCAGGAUCAUUCUAGAUUGGAUAGAAAAGGAAAAUGGAGCCCGAAUUUGGAAGCACAAGUCCUGCUAAAUCAGUUUUUAAAAGCAGGCCUCAAACGAUCCCCGGAGUUUCUUCACUCAUUCUGCCUGAGCUGGGCACAAAGACCACGCACUGCAGGAAUCUGUUCUCCCCUGGACCCGCGGCUGUGUUGUCUCCGGUCACCAAUUUAGCUCUUGAUAUGAACAAUUUAGCUGGGCUCGGAAGUCAAAGUGAUACCCCGAAAAGAAGAAAGCCUUCUCUCCUUGAGAAGGUUCCCUCCUUUGCCUCUGAUGUCUCAUCUGAUUCUGGUCUUGGUAUGGGCCCCCUCAGCCCUGUGGAUGGUGAAAUAGAGGACACAUUUGAAAAGGCCAUUCAGCAGUCAAGCUGUGUUUUCAACAAGAAGAUGCCAAUCCGAAGAAUCAACUCGCUGCCACUCCAGCUUUUAGGUUUCAGUCCAUGUCUGAAAGGACAGGAGACAGAUUCUAACCGCUACGGAGUCUUUGGCCAGCAGCCCCCCCAAAUAUAUGCUCCCUCCAGCUCUCAGCAUGAAGACAAGGAGAACGUGCCAGAGGAGGGCUUUGAAUUCAAAAAGCCAUCCAAGCCUGUGUCACGUUGUCGCAUGCGCUCGUUUACCAGCGCACACUCAAAGGAGGCCUUUGCUCAGCGUCCCAACUCGGCGCCAGCUCUCAUGCUCUCUUCGCCGCCUCCGGUCCAGCAGAUGGACCUCUACGACUCCAGCCCCACGUUUCUGAGACGCUCCUCCCUCACCUCUCUGAACGACGACGAUGAAGAUGGCUUCUUGGAAAUACUUGACGACAACAUGGAGAAUAACUCUGGGAUGCCGAUGGGAAUGGCGAGCUUGCUCACUGCUCCACUGAUGUCGGACAACACAGGAGAAGACUCUCCUGUUGUUCGCUGCCGACCACGAAACCUGUUUCGCUCGCCCUCCAUGCCCUGUCCGGUGUCUCGCCCAUCCGUAAAGCGUCCCGACUGCUCCAGGGAUGAAAGCACACCCGUCAGGGUGAAGAGGCGACGCAGCCUGGCAGGAACACAGGUCACCACCCCGGAAAAGAACGCUGAAUCCCCGAGAACGGCUUGCUUGCUGCUGCAAAGGUCCAAGUCCUUCUGUCAGACGGAUAUCGAGAAGCUGCUGGACAGGGAGGAUGCUUCUCGUGAGCUAAUAGGAGAUUUGUCCGAGCCUUUCAUCUUACCAACAGUGGAAGGAAAACAUCAAGACCUCAAGUACAUUACCUCAGAGAUGAUGGUGGCAGCUCUUAGUGGCAAGUUUGAUCUAGUUGAGCAAGUCAUCGUCAUCGACUGCCGCUACCCCUACGAGUUCGAAGGCGGACACAUCAAGGGAGCUCUGAACCUGCACCAUGAAGACCAGGUGGAGGAUUACCUCCUCAAGACCCCCAUCGUCCCAUCUGGUUCGAAGAAACGGGUCAUCAUCAUCUUCCACUGCGAGUUUUCGUCGGAGCGCGGCCCUCGGAUGUGCCGCUUCGUUCGAAAGCGAGACCGCGCCAUGAAUGAGUAUCCCAAGCUCCAUUACCCCGAGCUCUACAUCCUGAAGGGCGGUUACAAAGACUUCUUCCCUCAUUUCCAGUCCCAGUGCGAACCCCAGUCCUACCGACCCAUGCACCACCAAGACUUCAGGGAGGAUCUGCGGAAAUUUCGCCUCAAAAGUCGCACUUGGGCCGGGGAGCGCAGCAAGAGAGACAUGUACAGCCGUCUGAAGAACCUGUGAGCCGCCUCCUCUUCCUCAUGAACAGACUCUCCACACCCUCCUCACCGAGCCCAAGACCUCACCCCUCCACUGAGGAAACACCUUUAGGUGUCACACCAGCAGAAAAGGGCAUUUAUUUGUUUUGGUUUUUAAUUAAGUUCCCAAAUUUUCAGAUAACUUUUGCAAAGAGAAGUUUUUGGCAGGCUUUGUAAAGGCAGUUUUUUUUUUUUUUGUUUUUUUUUAACCUCUUGGACCUACUUGCUGUUUAAUUUCUUUUUUUUGUCAGCACACACAGGGCUACAGAUUGCAAUAAUACAACUAACUUAUCUGCAGAGUCUGUUUUUCCAGUUCUUUGUCAUGUCUGAUCUCUAUUUAAGCACUUAAUUCCUUGAAAUGGUGAGGUGCUUUUUUUAUAUACCUUUUUUAUUAAUGGGUUGACCUUUUAAUUUGACAUUAAUGUUAUUCUUGCAUACCUUUCCUAAAAAUUGCUAAUUGGAUAAUUUAAUGAUCAGUGCAGAGAUUUUCUUCCUGAUCAUUUGAUGAUUUUUCCGUCAAACCAAAGCAAACUCAACUACCUGUUAACUUUGCAGUGAGAUUUUCUGAUGCUGCAGGUCAGCGAGUUUGAGAAGAUUAGGUUUUUUUUUUUUUUCUUUUAAUCUGAAAAGAGAGUCUUCUGUUUUGCUUCGGCUCCUUGAUUUUACAGAGAUAAGAUGUCUAAUGAUGUCUGUUUAUAAUGAGUAGGGUGGCUUUAAUAUUUUGGUGCAGGCUGGUGGGGAAGCUGCUGAAAUAAAGAUCCAAUGUGCGUUCCAGUG